AUGUCAACACAACAAUUCACUAAGAAGGCCGUCCACUUCGGCGCCGGCAACAUCGGCCGUGGAUUCGUCGCCUGCUUUCUCCACAACUCCGGCUACGAGGUCGUCUUCGCCGACGUCGCCGAUGCUCUCAUUGAUAAGCUGAACGAGACCCCUUCAUACCGGGUUAUCGAGGUCGGUGCUGAGGGUACCAACGAGAACACAAUUACAAACUACCGCGCCAUCAACUCAAGAACACACGAGGCAGAGCUGGUCGAGGAGAUUGCCACGGCUGAUGUCGUCACGUGCUCCGUCGGCCCAAACAUCCUCAAGUUUAUCGCCCCUGUCAUCGCCAAGGGUAUUGACAAGCGUCCCAGCGACCUGGCACCCAUCUCUGUCAUUGCCUGCGAGAACGCUAUUGGCGCCACCGACACCCUUGCUGAGCACAUCAAGGACCCUCGCAACACUGCUGUCCACCGCUUGGAGGACCACCACGAGCGUGCACGGUACGCCAACUCCGCCAUUGACCGCAUCGUUCCUGCUCAGGACCCGAAUGCUGGUCUCGACGUCACCCUCGAGAAGUUCUACGAGUGGGUUGUCGAGCGUACACCCUUCGAGGAGAUUCCCAGCAUUGAGGGUAUCAACUGGGUCGAUGAGCUCGCUCCUUUCAUUGAGCGCAAGCUUUACACCGUCAACACUGGCCACGCUACUGCUGCCUACCACGGUUACAACCGCGGUAAGCGCACCGUCUACGAUGCGCUUCAGGACAAGGCCAUCAUGGCCGAGGUUCGUAAGGCUCUCGAGGAGACCAGCAACCUGAUCAUUAGCAAGCACGGCAUCGACGAGAAGGCCCAGCGUGAGUAUGCUGCCAAGAUCAUUCGCCGCAUCGGCAACCCCCAUUUGGAGGACGCUGUUGAGCGUGUCGGACGCGCGCCUCUCCGCAAGUUGAGCCGCAAGGAGCGCUUCGUCGGCCCCGCGGCCGAGCUUGCCGAGAAGGGUGAGGACUGCACUGCUCUGCUCCGCGCAGCUGAGAUGGCGUUCCGCUUCCAGGACGUUGAGGGUGAUGAUGAGAGCAAAGAGCUCUCCAAGCUCAUGUCUGAGAAUUCCCCAGAGGAGGCUGUUACCAAGAUCUGUGGCAUCCAGUCUUCGGAGAAGAUUCACCCCAUGUUGGCUGCUGUUGUUCGCAAGGUCCAGGCCGACAGUGAGGAAUGA